AACAGAUUCCUCGCGUCGAAGCGAUCCACGCGCAGGUCGCCGUCGCUCUCCCCACGCCAUGGAAUCAGGUGCGACUCCUGAUGAAGCUUCCACGCCGUCUCCGGUUCAUCGAAAAUCUGACAGCUGUAGCCACGCACUCCCAGCGAGAGCACGUCACCACCACUAGAGGUGUCGUCAACCUGCUCCUCGGCCAUUAUGAUCGGCAACACGGUGAUUUGCUAUAAACACUCGAUAACUGUAUUGCUCUUCAACUGUGUGCUCUUUAACCGCUUGGAUUCCAUAACUGGUUGAUCGAGCAUGAGAGAGCUGCACCACAGCGGCAGCCACAGGCGAUCGCGCAGCCACAGCCCGCGUCGAAGACAUGAAAGACAUAGUCGGAGCCGUAGCAGAAGCAGGAGUGCGAGUCGCUCGACCUCUGCGAAACACAGUCACCACCACCGGCGUAAGCAUAGACCCCAUGAAAAGCAUGACAAGGCGGAAGGGGCCGAGAAACAGAAGCUCGAAAACCGGGAGGAGGUAGAGCACAGAUCGCGUAUGUGGACGGUAGUGGACUCGGAUGAUGGUAGCAGCAGCCCCAAGGAAAAGGAGGACAGGAAGAGUAGACACGACAGCAGACACGGGCACCACCACCGCCACUCCAGACGUCGGUCUCGCUCGCGUUCUUCAUCGUCGGAAUCUUCGUCGGACUCGGAAUCUGGUAGCUCCGACAGAUCGGAUGACGAGCGAUCUCGGCGGAAACGGAAACACAAGCGCAGCAGCUUGCGGAAGGACAGGAAGCGGCAUAAGAAGGAUAAGAAGAAAAGCAAAAAGAGCAAGAAGGUCAGCAAAAAACACGCUGUGAACCAGGACGAAUAUGGCAAGUACGGUAUCUUGCGCGAGUCAGACUUCCACAGCAAGAGUGUGUCGUUCCAGGCGUGGCUGCGCGACGUCAAGAAGAUGGGCGAGUUCAACGGACCCAAAUGGGAGGCCAUGGAGCUCUUUAAAGAGUACAUGGAAGACUACAAUACGUGCACGUUGCCUCACGAAAAAUACUACGAUAUUGAAAAGUACGAGAUGAAGCGCUACCACAAGCAGCAGCGCAAGGCAUACGCGAAGCAAAAGGAUACGUCCGACAAGACUUUAAUGGAUACUCUGGCCGAUGAAGACCGUGUGCGGCGCGAGCGCCAGGCAGCACGCGAGAAGAAGGAGCAGGAGGAAUUCCGUCUCGUACUGCAGCUCAUGGAUAAGGACAAGAUCGAAGCCAUGCGCGAACAGGAACGCCUGCGGUCGCAGAUGCAGAUGUUCUACAAGUCCGGCAACGUGGAAGAGGCUCGCCGUCUCGAGCAGAUCCUCAACAAGGUGGACGAGGAUCCACGGUUCAAGCGCUGAGAAUUGGCUCCAGGAUACGUGAUUCUGUAGCUGAAUGGUGCGUCGAUAGGCCUACAGCUUUGAGAUGCAGCGAUUACUUGCUGUCGAAGUUGAAGUUGUAACUCAUAGUGCAGUAUCAUUUUUUUUUUGCCUUGAUGAAUGACAUUGCAGUG